UAACCUUCUUCCAAUAAAAAGAAAAUUAGUCAGCUAAGCAUUCAAUAUUCUCAAGUAUUGCAUCAGCAUCUAUCACUUCCUGAUGCAUUUAUUUUCCUGAAAUUGAUGCUUUAUCGUGGAGUAACUCGUUUCUCUGUCCUCUGAACUUUCCCUGAAGCAACCAGGCUCACUUUACUAACACACAAUUCCAUCUCUCCUAUACUACUUCCUCUUCGCCAGAAUGAAUUCCUUGGUUUUUUCGUUAUCUUCUUUUCUUUCAGUUUCUGUUAUUGUAUUGUUGCUAUUCAUUCGAAUUCCUUUAUCACUAAGCAACAACGACCUGUUCAGUGACUGUAGUAAUCAGUUUGUGUGUGGCAAUAUUACCGCAGACUUUCCCUUCUGGGGAAGUGCCAGACCUUCUUCCUGUGGCAUUCCUGAAUUGGAACUCAAGUGUGAGAAUAAUAUCACCAAGAUGAAUAUUAACGAGGUUAGAUACCGUGUUUUGGACAUAAAACAAGAUACUGAAAUUCUCAGGAUUGCAAGAGAGGACAGCUUGGUUGGAUUGUGUCCGCCUCAAUUUGUGAACAGCACGUUCGAUCCGAUGAUGUUUGAGUCUGUUACUGGUUACAUGAACUUUACUUUUGUUUAUGGUUGUCUGCCUUUUGAUUUAGAUGGCCCUGCACUAUUCACUUGCAGAAUCAAUGGGGUUAAUUAUCAAAGUGGUUUUGUGCUACCAAAAGCUAGUGGUCCUGGGGCUUGUUACAGUAGUGUCUUUUUUCCAGCUCCUGUAAUAGCUUUGCCAUCAAUUCUGGAUGUGCCAGCUUUGAAACAAUACUUGAAAAAAGGUUUUGAGAUAAGAUGGAAGGUUGAUAGCACAGCAUGUAGAGAGUGCUUAAGGUCUGCAGGAGUUUGUGGUUAUGACAGUACUUCUAAUGAAACAACUUGUUACUGGCCAAAUCAAUCUAAAGGAUCAAAUACAUAUGCUCCAACCAGUUCAACACCCACUGCUGCUCCUGUUUCAGAGGAGACCUCUAACCCAGAUUCACUUAAAAUAGGACUUAGCAUAGCAGGUACUGUUGUUGGUGUCUUUUUGGGAUGCUGGAUCAUGACCAUUAUACAACUGAAGAGAAGAAAAGCUGCCCUACUGAAAAGCAAAGACCUUCCUAUAGCAGCUACUCCUUCAAGCAAAGGCCUUGCUACUUCAACUAACCUCUCUCAAACCACCCCUUCUCUUACCCCCUCAAAGUCUGACAUUGAUAAGGGCAGUACCUACUUUGGAGUGCGGGUGUUCAGCUACAAUGAACUUGAGGAAGCCACUAAUUGUUUUGAUUCUUCAAAAGAACUUGGAGAUGGAGGGUUUGGCACUGUUUACUAUGGAGUACUCAGGGAUGGGCGUGUGGUUGCUGUCAAGCGCCUAUAUGAGAGCAACAUGAGACGUGCUGAGCAGUUUAUGAAUGAAAUUGAGAUCCUAGCUCAUUUGCGGCACAAGAACCUGGUGGAACUCUAUGGAUGCACCUCAAGGCAUAGCCGAGAGCUUCUACUUGUUUAUGAAUACAUUCCUAAUGGAACUGUCGCUGAUCAUCUUCAUGGAAGACAGUCGAACUCUGGUUUGCUCACUUGGCCUGUUCGGUUGAGCAUUGCUAUAGAGACAGCCAGUGCACUUGCAUACCUCCACGCUUCAGAUGUCAUACACCGUGAUGUCAAAACCAAUAACAUUCUCCUAGACAACGACUUCCAUGUGAAAGUGGCUGAUUUUGGUUUGUCGAGAUUGUUCCCAACUGAUGUUACUCAUGUAUCGACUGCUCCACAAGGAACGCCUGGAUAUGUUGAUCCGGAGUAUUAUCAAUGCUACCAACUGACGGACAAGAGCGACGUUUACAGCUUUGGUGUGGUCUUGAUUGAGCUGAUAUCAGCUUUAGAAGCAGUGGACACCAAUAGGCAUCGGCAUGAUAUUAAUUUGUCCAUCAUGGCAGUGAAAAAAAUCCAAAACCAUGCUUUAAAUGAGUUGGUUGAUCCAUUUCUUGGAUUUGACAAGGAUUUCGUGGUGAGGAAGAUGGUAACAUCAGUUGCAGAAUUAGCUUUCCGGUGUUUGCAACAACAGAGGGAAAUGAGGCCUACUAUGGAGGAAGUGUUGGAGAUCCUGAGGAGAAUUGAGAAAGAAAAUUACGGAGCAGAAAAGGCAGAUGUAUUGGAUAUUCGUGAGGAUGAUGUUGGUCUAUUGAAGCAUCCUCCUCCUCCACUUCAACUAUCACCAGAUUCUAUGAGUGAUCAAUUUUGAGCAAGCAGUUCUUCAACUACAACACCGCAUUCCUACUAGUUGUAGAGAUAUCCUUAUCCUUUGUGCUUAAAAUAUGUGAGUAGAAAUUUCAAGUGUUGUACAAUCAAUGAGAUUGAGUUUUACUUUCUUCUCUUGGUUGGUAUUGUUAUGAUGAAAUAAUCGCAUGAUUGAUAUGCUUGUGGACUGACAUAGAACUUAUAUAUUAUGCGGGAAUUCGUGAUUUUCUAUCAGAA